AUGCCCGUGAGUGGCGGCAUUGUUUCGAAGUGCACAAUGUGUGCCGUUGCAUCACAGCCGUCUUUGGCCAAGCACGCGAUGACAGCGCGCGCCACCAAGAGGCACGACCUUUGUGUUCUGCGUGCUGCAGCUGACAUGAUGCUCGUGUAUCCAGUUCUCGGCAACCUCGGCUGUAUAAAGCUGCUGGGCAACAAUCGUUCUGCCACUUUACUGAGUCAUAGGAACCUGUCCUGGUCCAAGGAUGUCCUGGCCAAGAAGCCCAAGGAGUAUUGGGAUUAUGAGAAGAUGAUCGUCAAGUGGGGAAAUCUGGAGGACUAUGAGGUCACGCAGAAGAUCGGACGGGGAAAGUACAGUGAAGUUUUCACCGGCUUCCACGUGCCCACGAACAAGAAAUGCGUAAUCAAGAUUCUGAAGCCUGUGAAGAAAAAGAAGAUCAAGCGUGAGAUCAAGAUUCUCCAAAACGUCAGCAAGGGACCCAACAUCGUGGCCUUGCUAGACGUGGUCCGUGACCCCCUGACAAAGACACCCUGCCUCAUCUUCGAGCACAUCAACAACACGGAUUGGAAGAGUCUUUACCCAAAGCUGACGCCGUACGAUAUCAAGUUCUAUUUGUACCAAGUGCUGAAGGCGCUGGACUACAGCCAUUCGCAAGGUUUGAUGCACCGGGAUGUCAAGCCGCAUAACGUCAUGAUUGACCAUGACAAGCGCGAGGUGCGAUUGAUCGAUUGGGGCUUGGCGGAGUUUUACCACCCGCUGACAGAGUACAAUGUGAGGGUGGCCUCACGACACUACAAGGGACCUGAGCUCCUUGUGGAUGACAUGCUCUACGAUUAUUCCUUGGAUAUGUGGAGUUUUGGUUGCAUGCUGGCUGGAAUGACGUUUCGCAAAGAGCCCUUCUUCGCGGGUGCCGAUAAUGUCGACCAGCUCUACAAAAUCGCCAAGGUGUUGGGGACUGAUCUUCUGAACGAUUACCUCGACGCAUACGACUUGGAGCUGGAGCUAGAGGUGGAGCAACGCCUAGGGACGCUACCGCGAAAACAGUGGUCUGCUUUCAAGACCAAGGACAAUGCGGAACGUUGCUCUCCAGAGGCCCUCGAGCUGAUUGACAAGAUGCUGCGCUACGAUCCGGCCGCCAGAAUACUUCCAAGAGAGGCCAUGCAGCACGCUUACUUCGAAGAAGUUCGGAAGCAGGAGUCGAGCAAGUGA